AUGGACGAGGAGAGCAUAUUAGACUCUCAAUUGGAUAGAGCUGAACAAGACAGCAAGAUAGUUAAGCGAGUGCUUUCGUCGUGCCAAUGGGACUAUUUCACCAUACUAGACAUUGAGCCUGAACGGGUUGUUUCCAAUGACCUUGAAUCGCUAGUCACUGAAGUUAAAAAGUCGUUUAGAAAGACAUCGCUUCGAUUGCAUCCUGAUAGAAACAAGCAUGUUGAGGCACCAGAAGCGUUUGCUCGACUUAAGAAGGCAGAACUGGUGAUAACCUCUGACAACAACGAAGAAGAACGUACAAGACUAAUAGAUAUCUAUAAGGAUGUGGUGAACAACAACCAUGAGGGUCUUAGUGAUAUCAGAAGUCGGAUAGCCCUGGUUUUGGAGGAGUUAGUCCAUCAACAAGAAACAGAUAAACUCGCCAGACAGCAUCAGGAAGCCUCACGAUUGGCUGAACAAACAAGACACAGAAAGAUCCAACAAAAUAAAAGGCAAUCGGAAAGACAAUGGGAAGAUGAUAGAGACCAUAGAGUGGCUAAUUGGAGAUCAUUUAUAGGGAAAGUUGACAAGAAGAAGAAGAAGAAGACUGGUAAGUUAAAGAAGUUAGCAUAA